AUGGAAGAAACGACAAGAUUGGUUGAUAAUUCUAAUCACGAACUAAUAACAAAGAGAUAUCUUUGGGAAAUUCAAAUGCUCGAAAGCGAUGAAAAAAUAGCUUCAUUUAAAGACCAAAUAAGGGAUGCAACUAGAAAUACAAAAGCUAAGCUUUGUUAUGCAGAGAAGUGGAUAAAUGCCACCGCUGAGGCCGUGGACCUCCGAUUCCAAAUUAAACCAAAACCAUUACCUAACAAAGACCAUGAGCUGCGAAUUCACGGUGAGAUAGCGCAAACAUAUGAAUUAGAAACGAAGGAACGCGAAGAAUUAUUAGAACAGUGGAGGACAAGGUAUGCGGAGGAUACAGCGAGGAUCAGUCGCCACGUGACGGAGCAACGUGAAAAGCUGCGCGUGACGACUGCACGGAGACUCGAACUACAAAAACUUUACGAUUUACAUGCAGGCGAGAUGCGAGCUUGGCUAACAUUUAAAAGAGAACGAGCAGCCCGUUUGGCUCGUGAAGAACAUGCCAAGGCCGCAGCCACGAGGAUCCAGUCGUGGUGGCGGGGCUUAAUGGUGCGCCGUGCCCUUGGCGCUUUCAAACACCUACGCAAUUCUAAAAAAUCUGCCGUUAAAAAGAAAAAAUAG